AUGGUGAACGUUCUUCUUGCCAAUCUGCUCCAGGCGUGGAUUGUGGGGGUGCUUUAUGGCGUCAAUCUUGUCCUCGCCAUCCUUUGCCUCCAUAAGCUCGCUCCAAUCAGGGAGCAGUUCUUUCGCAUAACUCAGUGGCUAUUCUUCGCGAUAUGCAUACUUGUAAUCACGACCACGAUUCACGCGGCGCUCGCCAUUACGGACUUGAUACGAGGAUUCGCACAGGCUGAGGAUGCCUUGCCGUACUUCGUAAACGCUGGACGGCCGAUGGUGCUUGGUAUAUUGAUCAUCUAUGCUUUCAAUGUUAAUGUUGGAGACGCUUUCAUGGCAUGGAGAGCUUUCGUCAUGUGCAAUCGCUCUCAGAAGCUUGCAAUUGUCUACAUCAUUCUGAUCUCCGCGAACUGUGGCAUCAGUGUUAUCUCCACCGUAGCAUUCGGUCGCGCUGGAACGCUCUCAGAACGCACGGCGCAUGCAUGGAUCAUGACAGCAUGGGCGAUCUCUGUCGCCAUUCAGUUGAGCGGUAGCAUCAUCAUCGGCUGGAGAAUAGCGGCUACCCCGAUUGCUGCAACGUCGGGUCGGAAGUUCGACCCAUGGGUCAUUGUAUGGGUCGCCGUCGAGAGCGGCGCGAUAUACACGUUUUUAACCAUCGGUGCCCUUUCGGUAUCUUUCCCGGCUGAAGCUGUCAGCUAUUUUCUGAGCUAUAUUCUGGCCCAAGUAUCCGCAUUCGCAGUCUUCACUAUAACACUCCGGGAGUGUUGGAAAACAGAGCAAGAGAUUGCACGAGAACGCGUCAACGCGACCAGCACGUUCUUGAUCAACGACCGCCUGUACUCGCGGCGCUCAUCCAUCUCUAUGACUGGCCAUCGUCAUCAUAAUUCUUCCACGGACGGUCUUGCUGUCGAUGUGCUCACUACGACGCGCUUGGAGCAUGUAGCUGUACGGGAUGAGGACAUCAAGGUCGUACCUAGAUUGACUGCACCCCCGUUGUCACAGUGGGCUUGA